GUUUUUAUAAUUUGUUGGUAAAAUGCGUAAUUUGAUCGUAUUCGAUCUCACUUUACUUUUAAAGCUCAUAAAUCGCUAUAAUGUUGCCAAUGACUAAAACUAUUGCUACGAGUGAGGAGAUCUAGUCGCACUGAAUCGAAUGGUGGUAUUUUUGUCCUCAUAGCAUUCAAUGAACCGAAGAUAUUAAAUCGGCAAAGCGUAUUGCUUACAAGCAUUGCGGUAAUAGGGUCGUGUCGUUAAAGAAAUAUACAGCUAGUUCAAUAAAUUUUUUGAAGUUGAAGCCGGUCAAUUCAGGUAAAUACUAAAUAGUGAUCUUAUACAGUAGCUAUAACGUCCCUUCCGAGUCCAUUAGGCAUUACUGACCCUCUCAUGGUUUUAAGUAUAACAUAUAUACUGUAGCUUUAUCCGGUUAACUAUAAAGUCCAUAGUAUAUAGUCGAUAGUAUUAGUAUAUGCGGGUGACUGCAGUAUAAUUGUCAAUUGCUGAAGUUAUUUACGAGUUCCAUUACUUGCUUCUUCGGAGGGGUUGAUAUGACUAACAUAUUUGAUCAUUUUGAUAGGCUAAAGUGCAUGUCUAUAGGCAUACUUAUUGACCUACAUUUACAAAACAAACAAUUCAUGCUAAAUACAUGGCCUUUACUCUUUAGCGCCAAUUGAUAUAUCUAUAUGUUCGAUCUGUGUUCACAAAGAUUAGAAAAUAACAAGAAUUUGUUGAUUUCGACCAUUUGUUGAUUUUGCAAUAGCCUGCAAUGAGUAUAAUGAUAUCUACGGAGACACGGCGGCUGUCAAUUCUGGUUAAUUCGUCAGUUCACUGCUGAAACGAAAUCUGCAUAACAAACACCAAUGUUGUUUUCAAUCCAAAGGAAGACAAAAUAUUAUUUCACAAUAGUUCUGCUCAUUUUAGUGUUUGCCAGAUUAUAUAAGAGGAGCACGAUUUUAGCUCUCUGCAUAAUAUGUCUUCAACCAUGGCGAUGUUAACUUUAAUGCUCUUCUUUACUGUUUUCUUUUUUGGAGAGAGCAAGAAAAGUUCAGACUUUGUUGGACUGACCGUAAGUACUGUUUCAAAUCUGCGUUAGAUCAACACCGGAUAAUUUCCACAUAAUAAAAUUUCAAACGCGAUUGGACAUUCGUAGUUGCUACCAUGCAACUUUUAAAAGACUACUUAGCCUAAGUCGAAUUAUACACCAAUGUUGGCAAAUCAUCGAUAAAAUUCUAGGCCUAUAUCAAAACCUUUGCAAAUUUGAGGGUAUAUAGCUAUAUAUUGUCUACAACAAUAUUUUUUGAUCAACAUAUUGUAAGCGGGUUCUGGAGAUAUUUUUUGUAACACCGAGUUAAACAUUACCAGUAACAAACAUUGUAAUAGCUUUGUGAUUGAUUUUCAGGGUUAACAAAAGUGUCAGUGUUUAAUCACUGGCAGCAGAGAACAAACUGAUUGGACUAUACAGCACUGUUAGGAACUGACAAAUAUACUUAAUAUACGUCACGCAUGCUAUCCGGUAAAGUGAACAAUCUAACAUUUUUCAAGAUUAUAUAGGCGGGGAUACCAUGUUGAAGGCCGUUGAAGUCGUUAUCCUCUCACCCAACUAUUUUCGCUGUAUAUGCAUAUAGCGUGGUGCAUUUAGACAAGAACUAAAAACGUUAGUAUAAUUAUGGCGCAUUGGCAUGAUAUUGUCCUAAUACUAAUUAUUUCACUUUUACUUCUGAACCUUUAGCUUGAUACAGAAAAGCCAAUAGAUCCAGGACAAUGUGGUAAAUUUAAUCAUGGCGAAAUGAAACUUGUUCAAGACAGACUUGGUGCAGAUAGAGUACUCAUAUGUACAGAUAAAAACUCCAUGUUUUUAUGGAAAACCAUUGACGGUAGGUUGUGACGCAUGUUACAUCAGAUUCUUACACCACAAAUAGUCAUGGGAAACGAUCACCCUGUUUAUUGAUAUCCCUACAAACAGUUAAGCAUUGUAUAAUUCAAAUAAAAUGAUUGUCGUAUACUCAAUACGAAAAUGAUUUUGUAUUUAAUUAAAUACAGUAUAGAUGACCAACUCUGCAUGCCCUGCAAAAAGCCCUGUGUAGUAACAACGACGUUAUAAGGCAUUGUUUUAUUCCAGGAAGUUCCACUAUCGGCGAAUACUUCGAUCCUGCCCUUGACUGCUCAGAUGUUGUUGAUAGAGUUCCUGCAGCUACUGAUGGAUUUUACUGGAUAAAUUCAAAAGCUUUACCCAACGUUUCAAAGGUUUGUAAUGGUACAGAUUGUUUUUCUGUUUGUUUUUUUACUUGGGAAAUAUUAUGUUGUGUCCAUAUGUAUCUGUAGAUUGCGAACUGAAUUGUGGAUGUUUA